UUAACAGUCUUAUUCAUAAAAAUUUAUAGAAGCUUUAUUAGCUUGUUAUAAGCAAAGUUCUCAAAAACAUCUUUCAUAAACGUUCAAUAGUGCUAUAAUGCUCUUAAAGUAUUCAAUAGCGGCUCCAUAACUUAUAACAGGCUCAACCCUACUAUAAACCCUUAAUAAAGAACAACAUGGCCGCCGUCUUGUCUUCAGAUGACAGCUGAUAAUUUGAUUGAAGUGUAGUUAAUAAUUAUUUUCGUUGAUGCUAGUGUCAUUGCAUUGUAGUUUGUAAUUAUUUGUACGUAAUUUAUUAUUAUCAUAUCAAAGUAUCAUAAUGCAAGCUCUGCAAGCUAUAGCCGCCAUCGAGAAUGUCGAAAACCCUACACGUCGCCGUCGUCAGAAGGUGUACCAGAAGAGAUUUGACCCGUUUUCUUUGCCGGAUAUCGAGUUUAAACGGCGAUACCGCUUCAGUAAAGAUACCGCAAGGUUUAUUAUUAAUCUCGUCAGGCAAGAUUUGCAACUCGAUUCAAGAGGCUGUGGUACUUCACCAGAGUUGCAAGUUUUAACUGCUAUAAGAUGCUGGGGACGUCGUGAAGUUCAAGAAGAUGGGGGAGAUUUACAUGGGUUGUCUCAACCAACUGUAAGCCGCAUUUGUGCCAGAGUAGCUCGCGCGAUAGCUCGGCACUCAGCGACUUAUAUUAAAAUGCCUCAGACUCUGAUAGAACAACAAACAGUUAUCAGAGAAUUUCAAGAAAUCAGGAAUUUUCCUUCUGUACUGGGCUGCAUUGACUGUACUCAUAUUAAAAUAAAGAAAUAUGGCGGUGAUGCAGCUCAGUACUACAUAAAUAGAAAGGGAUUUUAUUCGAUGAAUGUCCAGGUAACUUGUGAUGCUAAACUACGCAUCAGAGAUAUUGUUGCCAGAUGGCGUGGUAGUACCCACGACUCCCGCAUCUUUAAUGAGUCCACCCUUAAAGAGCGCUUCGAGCGCGGAGACUUUAAGGGGCGACUCUUAGGAGAUUCGGGGUACCGCCUGGAAAGAUAUCUAUUCACGCCCAUUCUGAGACCUCAAAAUGCACGUGAAGAAAAUUACAAUCGUGCUCAAAUUGCUACACGGAACUGUGUAGAACGUUGCUUUGGCGUGUGGAAGCAACGGUUCCAAAGUUUGUUGUAUGGAGUCACUGUUCACAUGCACAAUGUAAAACCUACAAUUGUGGCUCUUGCAGUUUUGCAUAAUAUUGCAAUAGACCAACAGGACCCUGUUCCAGAAAAUGAUGGUAAUGUCCAUAUUGUUCAGGAGGAUGACUCUGCAGCACAUUCGAAUGAGGCUGGAAGAGGAAGAAUGGGAAAUAGUGCUUUUCUGCGUGCGUUUAUUGACCAACAUUUUAGCUAGUAAAUUAAUUAAAAAAUAUGUUAU